AUGGGAGGACUUCAUGCAGCUAUGUUUGCAUUCGAGCUCAACCUGUCCUCAGUGGUAUUGGAGGGUGAUUCUCUGCAGGUGGUCCAGGGUCUUAGCCUUCACAGGGAGAGGUGGGAUAGUGUGGGCUUGGUUUUUUCAGACACUAGAGCAUUUCUCUCUAAUUUUAUUCACUGCAGUGUUUCUUUUGUUAGAAGAAGUGGCAAUCAAAAAGCUCAUUGUUUAGCUAAGGAAGCUUUAGAAGUUUCUGAGGAGUCAUCUACAAGGGCCGAUAUUGAUCAGAAUCCCUGCAAUGCUACUGCAACAUGUACCAACACAAACGGGAGCUAUGCAUGUAUAUGUCCCAAUGGAUAUGAAGGCGAUGGGAUGAUGCCGCCUGGAACAGGUUGUAGUCGAAAAGGCCAAUCCAAGAUCAUCAUUAUUGCCCUGGUGAUUGAAGGAGAAAUUGAGAUACAUUCUAUGUGGUUAAAACUGAAACAGAAGUUCUUCCAACAAAAUGGUGGCCUAAUCUUACGACAACAACUCCUGAGUCACAAAGAAUCUGUUGAGUCAGCCAAAAUCUUUAGUGCAGAAGAGCUUGAAAAGGCCACUAACAACUAUGAUAAAAGUAGAGUCCUUGGUCAUGGAGGCUUUGGAACUGUUUAUAAAGGAGUUUUAUCAGAUAACAAAGUGGUUGCUAUUAAGAAGUCCAAUGUUGUUGAUCAAAUAUAUGAGUUUAUCACAAACGGGACAUUUUUUUACCAUAUUCAUGAUAAAAGCCUAUCAUCCUUGCUCUCAUGGGAAAAGCGUCUGAAGAUAGCAUCAGAAACUGUAGGAGCCCUAGCAUACAUACAUUUUGAGACUUCUAUGUCAAUUAUACAUAGAGAUGUGAAAACUACAAAUAUACUUCUGGAUGAUAAAUACGCAGCAAAAGUGUCUGACUUUAGAGCUUCAAGACCGGUUCUUCUUGACCACACACAAUUAACGACCAUGGUGUUGGCAACUUUGGGGUACCUGGACCCAGAAUACUUCCAUUCUAGCCACUUAAUUGAAAAAAGUGAUGUCUAUAGCUUUGGUGUUGUCAUUGCAGAACUACUAACUGGUGAGAAGGCAGUUUCCAUGUUUAGGCUUGAAAGUGAAAGAAAUCUGGCAAUGUUUUUGAAACUGCAAUGA